AUAUCCUAUUAAUGGGACUGAAUUUGGUUGCUUGGUUUGCGCUGAGAAAAGAGGCUGCCCACUAUGGCUUGGACAUGGAGCAUACUCACAUUGAUUAUGCUUGCUUGCCUCCUGCUAGAAUGGGCGUGGAAAAGCAUGAACAAGAGGAGGAAACUGCCUCCCGGUCCAAGAGGAUUCCCCAUCAUUGGCCACUUUCAUAUGUUAGGGGAAUUGCCUCAUCGUGAUCUAUAUCGACUUGCCCAAAAACAUGGUCCCAUAAUGUUCUUGCGCUUGGGCCUGGUGCCUACCAUUGUUGUCUCAUCCCCUCAAGCUGCCGAGCUGUUCCUUAAAGCACACGGCCUUGUGUUUGCCAGUAGACCACCUCAAUACGCUGCAAAGCACAUAUCUUAUGGGCAAAAGAGCUUGUCAGGCUCUCCCUACGGCUCUUACUGGCGCAACGUACGUAAGAUAUGCACCCUUGAGUUGCUUAGCAGCCAUAAAAUCAAUUCUUUCAAAUCCAUGAGAAAAGAAGAGCUUGGCCUUUUGGUAAAGUUUAUUCAAGAGGCUGCCCGUGACUGUGUUGCUGUUAAUCUGAGUGCCAAGGUUUCAUCUCUCAGCGCGGAUACGACUUGCCGUAUGGUGUUUGGGAAGAAGUACACGGAUGAGGAUCUUGACGAGAGGGGAUUCAAGGCUAUGAUCCAAGAGGUUCUGCAGCUUAUAGCAAUUCCUAACCUAAACGACUACAUUCCUUUCAUUACGCUCCUUGAUCUUCAGGGGCUGACAAAACGCAUGAAGGCUGUAAAUAAGAUCUUUGAUGACUUUUUCGAGAGGAUCAUCAACGAGCAUGUCCAAUCCAAGGACGAAAAUAAGACCAAGGACUUCGUUGAUGUCAUGUUGAGCUCCAUGGAAUCUGAAGAAUCUGACUACCGUAUUGAACGGUCCGAUAUCAAAGCCAUACUUUUGGACAUGCUUGCAGCCGCGAUGGACACUUCAGCAACGGCGAUUGAGUGGGUGCUGUCAGAACUAAUGAAGCAUCCGCGGGUAAUGAAGAAAGUUCAAAAGGAGUUGGAAGACGUGGUGGGAUUGGAGAGGAUGGUGGAGGAAUCGGACUUGGAUAGGUUGGAGUACUUGGAGAUGGUUGUGAAGGAAUCCAUGAGGCUACAUCCGGUGGCGCCAUUGUUGCUACCUCAUGAGGCCAUGGAAGACUGCAUGAUUAAUGGUUUCCACAUACCCAAGAAGUCUAGGGUGAUAAUAAACGCGUGGGCCAUUGGACGAGACCCAAGUGUUUGGAGUGAUGCAGAGAAUUUCGUCCCGGAGAGAUUUGUUGGGAGUGAUAUAGAUGUCCGGGGACGUGACUUCCAACUUAUCCCGUUUGGCUCCGGGAGAAGAGUCUGCCCGGGGAUGCAACUGGGUCUCACUGUGGUUCGGCUGGUGGUAGCACAGCUAGUCCAUUGCUUUGAUUGGGAGCUUCCUAAUAACAUGCAGCCGACUGAGUUGGACAUGACUGAGGAGUUUGGUAUUGUAACUCCAAGGGCCAACCAUCUACUUGCAAUUCCUAGUACUUAUCGCCUUCCCAAAUGAAAAUUUGUGGUAUUUCUUGUGUUUUAUUGUCUAAUUAAACGUAAUAAUGUGCCCGUGCAAUCAAUCUCUGGAUUUGUACGAAGUUAAGUUGUAUUUGCGAAUUUUAUGGACCAUAUUAAUUUUCUGCUGCAUUCACUUAUCUUAUAUAUGUAUAAAUAUCAGUUGAACCUUGGUUUUCUAGAACUCAA